GUACCCCUUUGUGUGUGUGUCGAUCGGGCUGGCGAUCAGCAAGGUGGUGGUGGUGGCCGUGGUCUUCAACCCCAUCCUCAAUGAGAUGUUCACUGCAAUGAGGGGACAUGGUGCCAUGCUCAACGACGAGCCCAUCCAUGUCUCCCCACAAGCAGACAUGAAGUCAGCGCUGCUCGCCACUGAGAUCGGCACCAAGAGGGAUGCCGCCACGGUGGAGGGGAUAGCAGCGCGCAUCAGCACGCUGCUCUUCCAG